AUGGAAAAGAGUUCAAAAUUAUACCUUCUACAAGAAUAUAUGAAGGAAUAUAAUAGAGCUACUACCGUUCCCCAUGAUAGUAAAAAUAAAGAUAACGACAAAUAUUUAUCUUUAUAUAACGACAUAAAUAAUGAAGAUCAGUAUAUAUUGAAUCCUGCGAUAAUUGAAUAUAAAAAUAUAAAUGAAAUGAAGAACUCUGUAGAUAUGAAUAAUUACUUAUCAACCAAGAAUUUGUUGAAUGAAACCUCAAAGUUCGAUGAUAAUAAGGAAGAAAUAUAUUUAAGAAAUGGCUCAUUAGAUAUGGAACAUAUUAAAUAUGGAAAUAUUCAAGAUAUAAAUAUCCAAGAUGUAGAUAUUGAAGAUGGAUAUAUUAAAGAUUUAUAUAUCUCCAAUGAACAAUUUGAAAAUAAAUCUUAUCCUAAUGAUAUAUCUAGAAAAGUAUUGAUUAAAGAAAGUAAGAAAGAUAUAACACAAGAUUAUAAUUUAAAGGACAUUAAAGAAACAGAAAAGAAUAGAACUAUGAAUAAAUCAUCAUCAUACAAACAAUAUAAUAUGAAUAAUUGUACUAGAAAAAAUAGUUCAUUUAAUUAUAAUGUAACGGAUAACAUAUGUCACGGAAAUGAAAAAUAUAAAAUGUCUGAUAAUAAACAGAUUUGUGAAAUUAUCAAAAAAAAAGAACAAUUAAUUAUAGAUGAAAUAUGCACCAUGGUAAAAAAUGCAAAUAAAAAAAUUAAAAAUCAAGUAGAGGAAUACAAAAACAAAAACGUAUCUGUUAUAAACCGUAAGGACAAUACAAUACAAAAUAGUGAUAUUAAUAAUACACAAAAUAUUUUACAUAGAAAUGAAGAUAUAGAAGAAUAUAAAUUAAAUGAAAACGAUAUACAUAAUACAGUGAAAAUAACAAAAGAGGUAUAUAGUAGUAAUAGCUUCUCAUCUAAUUCUGAUACUACACUGAGUUAUGAAAGUGUUAAUAAUAAAAAAAAUAAGGAAGAAAUAAGGAAUCAUUCUAAUAAUGUUGAAGGGUUAAGAGAUUUAACAAAAGAAGGUACAUUAAUUUAUAAGAGUGAAAAAGAAUAUACAAAAAACGAUAUAAUAAAAAAUAUGAAUUAUUUAAAUAUGGAAUGUAAAUUAAAUCCUUUAAAUAAUAAUGAUGAUACAAGCGAUAUAAAUACAAACAACAACUCUAAAUAUUUAUAUCCAGAAAAUAAUUCACAUAAGUUGGAUAUUUUCAACAACUCUAUGCAUAUAAGAAAUAUUAUUAAUAAUAAUAAUCUCGAAGAUUUCAAAAAUAUUGAUACACUAAACAAUCCAAGAAUUUUUAAUUAUAAAAAAAAUGUAAAUAAAAAUGGUAUAAAUCAUACAAAAAAUGAUGUUUGUAAUAAUAUACAAACAAUACAUUUGAGUAAUAUUGAGGAAACUCAAUGUGAUGAAUCAUUUAUGGAUAUUGUUGAAAAAAGGAAAAAUACAUAUGACUUAUCAGAUACAUAUAAAAAGGACCAAAUAAAAGACAAGGAGCUACAAAUAGGAUGCUUUUUAAAAGAGGAAAAUAAUAAUAAUAAAACAGAUAUUCUAAAAAAUCCAUUAAAAGAAGAAAUUAGACAUUUGAAAUUAAAAUCUAAAAACAGUAUUGUAAAAGAACAAACUUGUAUUAAUGAUAUAUCAAACCAAAUAGAAGAACAUUUUUAUUCUACUUAUAUAAGUAAGGAUGCUUUAAUAGGAGCUCCUACAAAUGAUGAAAAAUAUAAUAACAAUAAUAAUAAUUAUUAUUAUUAUAAUAUACCGAAAAAUUUAGAGAGAACAAAAGAAACAAUAGAAACUUGUAAUAAAUAUUGUAAUGAAGAUAUACAAGAGAGACAUAUUAAUAAAAGUUUAGAUGAAAACAAUAAACAAUCUUUGAGUGCUAAAGAACAAAUAAAUAAAGAAAAUAUUCCCAUGCCAUACAAGAAUGAACAACUUAUAUCUAAUAUAAAAAAUAUUGAAAUACCUCAUUGUGAGGAAAACUCAAUAGAUGAAAAAAAAUAUUUUAAUGUAAAUGAAAAAGAUUUUUUCGAAAAUUUUAAGGAACAUAUAGAAAAUGAUUACUUUGAUUAUAGUAUAAUGGAGGAAAAUAGAAAGUGUAAUAUUGACACAAAUUUUUAUUAUGAUAAUAAAUUCAUCGAUAAAAAUAAAAUAGUAACCCACGAAUUUGGUAGUGAUAAGGAAAAAUAUAUUGAACAAAAUGAACCUUCAAUAUAUAAUAAAUCAUCAAAUAUUAUUAAAAAUAAUGAUUACAAUGAAAAGGUUAAAUAUAUGAUGUCUUCAAUAAACGCCAGCUGUAAGUCAUUAAAGAGAACCUCUUUAUAUAAUGAAAAGAAAAAUGAAAAAAUAGAACCUUCUUUAUUAUUAAACUUGACAGAAACAAAUACGCUUGAAAAUAAAUUAAAUGAUUCUUUUGAAUCACAAGUUGUCGAAAAGGUAGGUAAAGAUGUAAAAUUGGAAAACAAGGUUAGCUCGAAUUAUAAACAAAAUAAAAAUAACAGCAAUGAUAAUAAUAACAACAAUAAUCAUAAUAAUAAAAAGAAAAAAUAUGCAAAUAUAUGUACAAACAUAUAUAAUAAUUAUGAUCAGAAAGGAUACAAGGAAAAUAUUAAUAUAAAAUUGACAUCAUUAAAUCAUAAAAAACGCUCAAAUACGCCAUCUAUUAUGAUAGCUGAUGUCUUAAAAAUUAUUGAUAAAAAUUCAGAAGAAAAUUAUAAAGAAAGAAAAAAAUUCGUAAGCCCAUAUAAUAAUAAGAAUACAGAUGAUGAAAAUAAUUGUUCUUAUAACAAUAUAAAGUUUGGUAAUAUAAAAAAUGAGAAAAGUAACAAAAUAGGAUAUCCAAAAAAUAGUAACCGUAAGGUUGUUAAUAUAAAAUCUCAUUAUAUAUCUAAGUAUAAUAAUAUGUUCUUAUAUAUGGAUACAGAUAAAAACAAAAAAAAAAAUGAGGAAAACAAAACGUAUAAAAAAAUAAAUGUUCCAUGUCAUAAGAAGAUUUAUGAAUGUGAAAAGAGAGAUCAUUCUAAAGAAAUUAUAAAAAGUAAUUGUAAAAAAGAUGAUAAAAAAAAACAAUGUUCUUUUAAUGGAAAUAAUAAAAAAGAGAAAUUGUUCGAACAAAAGUUACCAAAUUUUGGAGGACAAGAAAUACCAAUAUGGGGAGGAAUUGAAGUACCAAAUUGGGAAGAAGAAUAUAAGCCACUUGGGGAAAAAAUAAGAGAACCAUAUGUAGAAGAGAAAAAAGAAGAAAGAAUUAGAAAUAAAAUAUUUAAUGUAAAUUCAAAUAUGAACAAGAUUCAUUAUCCAUCUCCAAACAAAUUAAAAAAAAUGAAUUCUAUACAUAAUACACAAGAAACAGAAAAAUUAAGAAAAUUAAAAAACAAUAAUGGAAAUAAAUGUACUUAUGAAAAGGGUGAGGAAAAGAAUAAAAACUUUUGUUCUCAAUCAAGAAAUAAUUCAUUAACCAGUUUUAGAAAUAAAAAUGACAAAAAUAUAAAAAAGAAUGUUUUGACAAAAAAAGAUAGUAUAUUAAAUCAAGACAAAAUAAAUGAUUGCAAAGAUGAUAUAAAAAAAAUGGAGAAGAAGAAAAUAUAUAUGAACUCUCAAAUGAAUCAAAAAAAAAUUGAGAGUGAUAAGAAAAAAAAGAAUAAAUUUGAAAAGUAUGGAAAAUAUGGAAAGAAUGAAAAAUAUAGAGGAAAGUAUCAUAAAUAUCCACUUGAUAUUGAAGCAUCUUAUAGAUGUAAAAAUCUUUAUCUAAAAAUUAAUGUAGAUACUAAUAAUGAACAAAUAUUAAAAUAUAUUCCAAAUAAAAUAUCAAAAAGAAAUAUGGAAUUUAAAUUAAUUAUAACCAAAUUUAUUGAUGGAUUUAUAAAAUGUACUGAAUCAAAGAUUUAUAAAUCAUCAAAUAUAAUUUUACAAAAUAUUGAAACAGAUAUCUCUUACAAUAUUACAAUUCAUGCAUAUAAUACUGUUGUACCUUCUUUAUGGUUAUAUGCUUCAAUAUCUUUUUAUUUGACAAAAUUCCAUUUGGAGAAUUUUAAAUUAAAAACUCCUUGUCAUUUUACACUAGCCCAAAAUACAGAUUUCUUAAAUUCCAUAACAAAUAAUGAUAAUGAAAAAAAAAUUGUGCCUUUAAAAAAUGAAAAAAAUAUAACACAAAAAAUAAUUUUCCAUAAUAUCAAUGAGAAAAAAAAGAUGAAAAAUAAUGAGUUAACAAAUAAUUGUACAAAUAUGUUGAAGGAUAUUGAGGAACAUGAUAAUCAGCAUUUUUAUAAAAAUAAUUCAACAUGUUCUGAUGAAGAUAAUUCUGAUGAAAGUAUUGUGCCUAUAAAAAAUUUACAUAUUCAAAAUAAUUUAGAAUUUAAAGGUAUCAAAAACCAAAAAAAUGGUAAUAUAAAUAUAAGUACUAGAAAUAAUGUCACUCUUAAUAAUAAUAUUAAUAAUUUGAAUAAUAAAUAUAAUAAUACAAUAGAUGGGAAGACAGAAAUGAAUUCUCAAAUACAUAAUACAAUACAUGAGGAUGAAGAAAUAAAAAGCACUUCUAGUUAUGAAGAAUUAUUAUUAAGUUUUCAUGAUCUUAAUAAAAGUGAAAUAAGAAAUAAAUUUACACAAGUUAAAUAUGAAAAUUGUAAUAAUGUUGAUGAAAGAAAAAUAACACCAACAUUCGAAACACCCAGUGGAAUUGAAUAUCCAUCCUUUUGUAAGUAUGAUUAUAAUUCGACAUCAAAUCAAAAGAUAGAAGUAAUAAAUAAAGUAUGUAUGGAAGAAGUAAAAGAUAAAAAAAAAGAAAAUUAUAUAGUAUAUAAAAAAAGGAAGGAUAAUAAAGAAUUGAAAAACACCACAAUAUUGAACCACAAUCCAAGGAAUCUUAAUAAACAAUCUUUCAAAUUUUCAGAGUUUUCUCUUAAGAAAAAAAAUGUAAACCUAAAUACAAAAACGCAAAAAAAUAUAAACAUAAAAAAUGAUAAUAAUAAUAAUAAUAAUAAUAAUGAAAAUAAUGAUAUUAAUGAUAUAGAUAUAUCCAAUAUGUCAUCAAACGAACUCACCAUCAAGGAAAUCACAGAUUCAAAUUCCUUUAUAUUAUCAAGUAGCUGUUUAUCCAAAGAAAAUUUUAAAAAUGAUAAUAAAAAAAAAAACAUAGAAUUAAUAAAAUCUAAUAAAGAUGAUUCCACUGAAAAUUCGCAUCAAUGUGAAGAAAAAAAUAUUAACAAUAUUCAAGAGGGUAAACAAACAUUAAGGGAUAUAUUAUUAAACCAACUUAAAGAAAAGAAUGGAACAUAUGAUGAUGAUGAUAAGGGUUAUAUACAAAAAAAAAUACAUAAAAAUGAUAACAUAAAUGUGAAUUGUAAUAUUAAUAAAUAUGAUAUAGAUAAAAACAAAAAUAUCUCCAUUAAUAAUAAUACCAUUAAUAAUAAUACCAUUAAUAAUAAUACCGUUAAUAAUAAAUAUAUUAAGAAAGAACACAACUCGUUUAUAAAUUAUAAAAAUAACGAAAUGAAGAAUAUAAAAUUAGAUAAAAAAAAAAAAGGUGAUGAAUCUAUAAAAAAUUAUGAAAAAAAUUUACAAGAUAUAUACAUAAAAAAUAAUAACUAUUGUAACAAUUAUAUGAAAAAAUCAAAAGAAGAAACAGACGAAAAUUGUCCUGUAAAAAAAAUUUUACCUUCAAAAGAUAAUACAUCAAAAUUGGAUACUAAUGUUCAUAAUAAUAUGUGUGAUAAUAUAUACAACAUGCUAAAUAAAAAGGAUGAUGGUAAAGAAAAUAAGAGAGAUUCUAUCCCUGAUUAUGUUUCAAUGGCAGAUUCUAUUUUUCAUUUAGAUGAUUGUAAGGAUACCCAAAGUAAUAAUUCACAUAUCCAAGAAUUGCAAGAUGAAUGUGUUGAGAAAAUAGAUAUGAUAGACAAGAAUGAUAUAUAUUAUAGUAGUAGUACAAAUAAGAAAAACGAUGAAAUUAAGAAUAGAAAUGAUUAUUUUAAAAAUCAUAAUAUAUGUAACAGAGGAGUACAAAAUGGUAACAAAAAUUUGUGCGUAAAUAAUAAAGCUAAUGAAUUUAACAAUUUACAUAAAAAGGAAAAUAAUAUUUUAAAUAAGGAUACAAGCGCUAUUAAUAGUAUAGGAAAUAAUCUUUAUAAAAAUAAUAGAUCAGUAAAAAACAUAAAUGAUAUUAUAAUUAAAAGAAGUCAUACUCCUGAAAUUGUAACAAAGGUUUUAAAAAUUGAGGAAACCAUAAACGAUAAUACUCUUAAUGUAGUUCAUAAAAAAGAAACACAUCACAAACAGAAUAAGGGUACGGAUUAUAUAUCAAAUGAGUUUAAGGAAAACAAAAAAGAAGGGAAAUCAAAUUCACUUAAAAGAUACCUAAAUAAAACAUGCGAUAAUUUAAAUGUAACGAGUAGAAUUAAUAUGCUAAAUAAAACUAGUCCAACAAUAAGUUUUCUAAACAAAACUUCUAUGAAUAACAAAAAUGUAGAUAAGGAAGAUAAUUAUAAAAAAUGUAGUGACACUAUAAAAGGUAAAAGUUAUAAUUCAGAAGAUUUAUUAUAUAAAGGUAAUUUUUAUAAAAAUGUAAGACGCGCAUACAAAAUAGAGAAUAAACAACCAUUUGAUAAUAAAAAAAAAGAUAAAAAAGGUUUUAAGGUUGAUGAUAAUAAUAUAAAUAAAAAUAGAGCAUUAAUAUAUGAUAAUAAUAAUAAUAAUGUAUAUACUCAUAAUGUGAACAGUAAGAAUUAUAUUAAUAUCCCCACCACGUCUUUAAAUACAUCUUAUGGAAAUAUAAAUUCCAUAAAUAUUGAUGAGGAAAAUGCAAAGUAUUAUAAUAGUAAUAAUAAGCAGAAUAUUAUGAAUGAUAGUAAGUAUGAUAAACAAAAUUUGCAAUAUAUUAACAGUAAUAAAAAUAAGAAUACAUUACAAUUUGAUGGUAAUUAUAUAAAAAAUGGAUCAAUAAAUCAGUCUGAAGAAAAUUAUAUAAUAAAAAAAAAAAAACAGCCAAAUUAUAUUGGUACAGACAAUGGUGAGAAUAAUAUUAAUAAUAUUACAUCAACAAUAAAAAAUGUUAACAAUUAUUUGGACAAAUUAAAAAAUGUAAAACAUAAUAAUAAUAAUAAUAAUAAUAAUAAUAAUAUAAAGAAUAUUUACUCUGGUAAUACCAUCUUAAAUAAUAACCCUUAUAAUUAUAUGAUAAACAAUAAUAAGCUAAAUUAUAUGCAAAAUCGUAACCCCAUAAAUAUUAUUAAUAAUAAUGAUAAUUCUUAUUGUUAUGUAAAUAAUAAUACUAUGAGUUCUAAUAAUAAUAAUAUAAGUUAUAUAUACCAACAAUAUAAUAAUCCAAUAAAAAAAGAAGAUAAUGUUUAUAAUACAAAUAGUAACAAACAUAUCCCAUAUAUGUUAAAUCGUGCCAAUCCUUUUAUUCAACCUAAUUAUAGUAAUAAAAAAAAUAUAAGGAAUGAUGAUUAUUUUGUGCAGUCCGCACAACCACAUAUUAACACUUAUACAAAUAAUAAUGAAGAAUCCUUUGCCAAUUUGAAUAAUAAUGUAUAUAAUAAGUUUAAUAUGGGUACUUGUCAGGAGGAAAAUAUUGCUUAUAAUAAUUUGUGCCGAGAUCAAAACAAAAUGUAUUUAUUAAACCAAUAUAAUAUGAGAUAUAAUCAAAAUAUUAAUCAGACACAUAACGAAUUAAGUAAUGAAACAAAAAAUAAUAUAAACAAUUUUAUCGAAGAAAAUAAUAUUGAUAAGGAAAAAAAUAUAUUUUACAAUAAACAAAAUGUCAGAUCAAAUAAUGAUUUAAAUAAGAAAGUAUCUACACCUUUAAGUGAUGUACCAAAAAUGAUUGGUGAAGACAAUUCCUAUGUCAUUUAUAAAAUGAAUGAUGAAAAGAAUAAAAAAAAUUAUUUUCACAACAAUAUUAGAAAUAUAAAUAAUCAUAUUAUGAAAAAUGUUGAUAAUAAUAUUCAUAAGAAUCAAUAUAUAUAUAAACCACAUGUUAAUCCAAAAUAUAUAACACCUCAAAUUAGUAAUAUCAAUAUGAAAAAUAAUUUGAAUCAUAUGGUUAAGAGAAUAAAUCAUAUAUAUCCAAAGAAUCAAAAUACUCAUAUUAAUAAUAUUCACAUAAAUAAUAAUAUAAAUAAUAUAAAUAAUAUAAAAAAUGUAAAUUAUUUAAAUGAAGAAACAGAAAGAAAGAAAUUUAUACAAAUGAAUAAGGAAUAUUUAAAAAAUAUCCCUAUGGAUAAAAAUAAAAAUAAAAUAUAUUAUCCUUAUACAAAUGUAACAGAUAUGGGACAACAUUAUGAAAAACAAAUAAAUGCAUCAAAAUUAAUAAAAACAGUUAUAAAUAAAGAUAGUAAAAAUAAUGUAGAACAUAAAGAAUAUCAAUUACCGUUAUCUUAUUAUAAUGUAACACAAAAUGAUACUUCCAAUGAAAAUAAUUUGAGAUGUUUAAACAUUAAUCAAAUAAAACAAAAUAAUCAUUCUUCUUAUGAUGAAAAUAAUAUUAUGUAUUACACAAGUCAAAAAGAGAAUUACAUAAAACAAAAUUACAACAAUUUUCAACAUAUAAAUGAUAUGAAAUCAAUUAAUAUAAAUGAGAAGCCAAUAAAUGUGUAUGCAAAUAAUAACUUACUUUAUAAAAAAAAAAUAGAGAAGGAGAAUGAAAUAAAAAAGAGUUCAAAUAUUAAUAUAGAAGAAAAUAAUAUAUUAGACGAUACAAAUAAUAUUUCCCAUAUGAAUAAUAACGUAUUUCUAAAAAGUGAAAAUUGUAUUAAUAAUAAUAUCAGGAAGUUUUCACCUUCAUUUGGAAACAUAAAUAAUGAAGAUAUUAAAAAUAAUAAUUAUAAGAAAGAAGAAAAGUUACAAAUAUAUACAAAUUCACAAACUUUUCAAUUAAAUAUACAACUUGAUGAAUAUACAUGUAAAGAAAUUGCUUUUACAUAUAGAGAUGUAUUAGAUGAAAAAGUAAUUGCUUUUAUUAAUAAUAAUAAAUUAAAAAAAACCUUUUUAAAUCCUAUUAAGGAAAAGAUGAAAUAUAUGAUGCAAAAUGGUAUAGUGAAAUGGUACAUAAGUAUUACAGAAUUUUUAUAA